UGAACUUGGGCUUUUGGACAACUUGACCCAAUUGAAAUAUCCACCAAUUGGACCCGAAUUGCAUUUUCCAAACCCUAAUCCCAAUCUCCACCAGUUUCACCGAGCUACUAGGGUUUAAUAAUUUCCCCCCUACUACAGCCAUCGCCGGAGCUCAGCUACACUGUAUCCUCGUACAAUAGAUUUUUCACCGGAUUCCGUUUUUCGUUACUCUUCCGGCACUUACUACAACAUCGUAGCUUGAAGAUGGGGAAGAUGGGGCGAGUGUACAGGAUGAAAGGGCAGAAAAGGAAGGAGAAGGGAGAACGGUACGACAAGGACGAAGAUGAAUUCGAAAAAGUCGACGAUGACGUCACGCCGCUGCCGCCUAAGAAGCUGAAAUCGGACGACGCCGCCGCCGUUUCCGGCGCGGAGGAGAAAUUGGAGGCGGAAGACGAUGAAAUGCCCGGGAUUCCGAUUGUUCAGGUGGAUAUGGGUAGAAGUAAGCCGGGCGUUAUCUUUGUUCUCGAAAAUGCGUCUUUGGAAGUUGCUAAAAUUGGGAAGAACCAUCAGCUUUUGAGUUCGGAUGAGCACGCCAAUUUCUUGAUGAAAAAUAAGAAAAAUCCCGCCGAUUAUCGGCCCGACAUUGCCUUUCAGGCGAUUCAAACAAUUUUAGACAGCCGUGUGAACAAAUCUGGUAGAUUGAAAGCUUUAUAUGUGAAGACACAGAUAGGCGCUCUUUUGGAAAUCAAACCUCAUGCUCGUAUGCCAAGGACAUACAAGAGGUUCUCUGGUCUCAUGGUGCAAUUGCUGAAUGACUUGGACAUUAAAGCAUCCGGUAAGGGUGAAAAGCUUUUGAGAGUGAUCAAGAACCCUGUUACCAAAUAUUUACCCGUUAACAGUCGUAAAAUAGGCUUUUCACACAGCUCGGAAAAGCUGACCGAUAUGUACAACUAUGUCGAUACUGUUAACGAUGACUUGGAUCUUGUUUUCGUGGUAGGGGCAAUGGCCCAUGGAAAAAUCGAAGAUAAUUAUGUAGAAGAUUAUAUAUCAAUUUCCGAGUAUCCAUUGAGUGCUGCGUACUGCAUAUCAAUAGUUACGACUGCUGUGGAACGGAAGUGGAAGAUAUUGUAAAAUGCAUCGGGUUUUUUCCGGGCCUUUUCUUUCCCUUGGUUGUAGUAUGAUUGAAAUAGAUUUCUUUCAAUUUCUUUGGUUGUAAUACAAAUCAUAUUUCCUUAGUAGAAAAUGUUCUACUUAUAUUGUAUUAUUAUUACCAUUGCCAAUUGUGAUGUAGAUUUUAUUUAUGAUGUGAGAAAGCAUUUUUCGGUAGUU